GGGUACUUGGCGUCUAUCUUAUUGUUAUCUGAUUUAGACACAGUAAUCAUUUCCAACAAUCAAACGGUGAAGUCCUAUGGUGCAUCGUUCUGGGAGAGUUCAUACUUGACUCAAAGGGGAUCUCAAUGGACAAUACUAAGCCCCUUAUGGAACUUGAACUCGAUGAUGAUGGCAGAAUCAGAAGAACCGGGAAUGUGUUGACAGCAAGCACACACAUUAUAACAGUGGUGGUAGGCGCAGGGGUGUUGGCUCUGGCAUGGGCCAUGGCCCAACUUGGAUGGAUAGCUGGCAUAGGCAGUAUCUUAGCCUUUUCAUCUAUUUCCAUUUUCACUUACAGUCUUGUAGCUGAUUGUUACAGAUACCCAGACCCAGUCACUGGCAAAAGAAAUUACACUUAUAUGCAGGCUGUGAAGGCGUACUUAGGUGGAACAAUGCAUGUGCUUUGUGGAUUGGUUCAAUAUACAAAGCUCGCUGGGAUCACAGUGGGCUACACAAUCACUUCAUCCACAAGCUUGGUGGCAAUAAGAAAAGCAAUUUGCAUCCACCAGGGAGGACAUACUGGUUCAUGCAAGUUUUCAAACAAUCCCUUCAUGAUCGGUUUUGGUAUUUUGCAAAUAUUUUUAUCUCAAAUCCCAAACUUCCACGAGCUUACAUGGCUUUCAACCGCUGCUGCUAUCACCUCUUUUGGUUAUGUAUUCAUUGGAAGUGGCCUUUGUCUCUCCCUCGUCGUCUCAGGAAAAGGAGCGGCAACAAGCAUAACAGGAACCAGUGUAGGGCCAGAGCUAUCUGCAGAAGAUAAAGUUUUGAGGGUUUUCACUGCAAUGGGAAACAUAGCACUUGCUUGCACUUACGCCACAGUUGUUUAUGAUAUAAUGGACACAUUAAAGUCACAUCCACCAGAAAAUAAACAAAUGAAAAAGGCUAACGUGCUAGGCGUCACAGCAAUGACAAUAGUGUUCUUGCUAUGUAGUGGCCUUGGCUAUGCUGCUUUUGGUGAUAACACACCUGGGAACAUCUUAACCGGAUUUACAGAGCCCUUCUGGUUGGUCGCCUUGGGCAACGCAUGCAUCGUAAUCCACAUGAUUGGAGCAUAUCAGGUAAUGGGUCAACCAUUUUUUCGUAUAGUUGAAAUGGGUGCUAACAUGGUGUGGCCAGAUUCAGAUUUCAUAAACAAGGAAUAUCCAUUCAAGAUGGCCAGUGUAACGGUCAAUUUCAACCUGUUUAGGCUAAUAUGGAGGACCAUUUUUGUGAUAUUAGCCACAAUUCUUGCCAUGGCGAUGCCAUUUUUCAGUGAGAUUCUUUCCCUCCUUGGAGCAAUUGGGUUCGGACCUCUUGUUGUCUUCUUUCCUAUACAAAUGCACAUUGCACAGAAGCGCAUAAGAAAACUAUCACUGAGAUGGUGUGGGCUCCAACUUUUAAGCUGCUUGAGCUUCAUUGUUUCAUUGGCUGCCAUAGUUGGUUCAGUUCAUGGAAUUAUCAAGGAUUUCCAUAAAUACAGCCUUUUCAUGUAUAAACAAUAGUCCCUUUAGAAACCAAAAUAUGAAAUAAAUGCAACUAAAUUUACCUUUAUUUUUAUCAUUCUUU